AUGUCCUGGACGGAACUGCUUUGCGAUCCAUAUGUUUUUGACACAAGUCAUUUUGAGCAUCUCUUGAACGAAAAUACGAAACGAGUAUUUGUAGCAGACGAGCAGGUUCAGAUCAAAUUGAUCGAAGUCGGCGUUGGAGACCGAUUUUUCAAGAACGCUGGCGACCUCGACGAACUCAUUCCACAAGAUUACUCUUGGGAUUACCUGACCAUUUCCGAGAAAGCUCUGCGUAACCUCAUUCGCCAUUUCAACAUUUUCCCAGCUUUCACUGAUGUAGUCUGCGCAUUUGGGACGUCUUCGACGGAAUGGAGCGAUUCGCUUGGUGGAUGUUACAGUUGGCAGAACAACAACGUUUCCGAGCGAUGCUACCUCCUCAAGAAUGUUGAGAAGCAUGGACGUGACGACUCCGAAGAACCUUGGUCCAUCCGUCAAACUGGUGUUUACCACCAACACAAUUUGGCCACUGGAAACGAGACGUUUAUACUACUCAAUCCAACAAUGUCCUUGCAGCUACGGUUGAAGAACGCACAGUCGAGAAUUGGGCAUGAGUCGUCAUCGCGAGAUGUACAUAAUCUCGUUCUCUCUCAUUCCACUUGGCAAUGGAGGUGGUAUCUAACCUUCUGGGAGUCCAAAUUGAAUGACUUGAUAACGAAAGCGCACGUAUCUCGAGUAGAAGGUCGUAGAAAACUCGAGAAGAUGCCAGUCUUGACGAUAGAGUACUCGGACUUCCAAGAUGUCCAAGUUAUUCAUGACCGUAUGAACGCUGCGAAGUACAUACUGAGUUCCAAUAUCAGUAUUUGCUCAAGCGCGAAAAAUGACGUUCUCAGGAGCGCCGACGCAGGUUUGUUCAUGGGAGAGCUGGCAUUGCAAUUGUCUCGUGUAGAUAAUUUGCUCGAACGUGCGAGGAGCGGAUCGAGUCUUAUGCAGAACAUCAUUUCUUUCCGUGGACUGGAUGCGCUAAGGACGAGUGCUGAGAAUUCGAUAGAGAUGGCUAAACUAGCCGACAUUGAUACAAAGAAUAUGGUCGAACUAACGGCGAAGUCGCAAAAGGACGCUUCCACACUCAAGAAGAUCACUUGGUUGACGUCCAUUUAUCUUCCGGCGUCAUUCGUUUCACAAUUUCUGAGUAUGGGAUACCUCACGAUCAACUCAAACGCCAUGCCUGCUUCAUUAAACUUUGCGUCUGAGAUGUGGAUCUUUGUGAUUUUCACUGUCAUUCUCCUUGUGGUUACCUUCGGGGUGUGGCUCCUGCUGGAUUGUUCCAAAGGAAAUCGGUGGUGGCGUAGAGGCUUACGCCAAGUGGACGAGAAGGUGUAG